GACACACUUCACUGACUCCAGGCAAAUAACAGCUGACGUCUUCAGUGAGUUUCAGUCCAGCAGCCAGAUGCACUUCAGCAGAUGCUUUAUCUACUUUCCUUGACUCUGAAUGAUCCAAGUGGAAUGGAUUUGACUGACGGACUCUGAAAAGUGAACAUAUACCCUGAAUUAAAAACUGGUCUUCUGUGAAGAGGACAUACUUAGUCCAAUCACCAUGGAUUCCAGAAAGCCGAUUCUUCCACCAAACAAACCAACUCUGAUUCAUGAAGGUUCUCCAAAACGAUACCGUCUGUUUACAGUGAAAAAAUUGCUUGAUGACAGUGGAAAAAUCAGAAAAUGGACUUAUGGGAUGAAAGACAGCAGUAAACCAAACAAAAUUGUUCUGCUGGUGGGAGAAACAGGCGCUGGUAAGACAAGCCUCAUCAACAGCAUGGUCAACUACUUACUCAAAGUGAAGUUUGAGCAUGAAAUAUGGUAUGAAAUAACUGAAGAAGAAGCCAGAGAUCAAUCAGAAUCACAAACCUCUGAAAUCACCAUGUAUGAGGUCUUUCAUGUAAAAAGUCCCAUAUCUCUCACCAUCAUUGAUACUCCAGGCUACGGAGACACUAGAGGACUGGACAAAGAUCUGGAAGUUGCUGAGAAUUUAGCCACUCUGUUUCAAAGCAAUGAUGGAGUUCGUGAAGUCGAUGCUGUGUGUUUUGUGAUUCAAGCAUCUAAGAAUCGUCUCUCAGACAGACAGCAUUACAUUUUCAGUUCAGUUCUAUCUUUGUUUGGUAAAGACAUUGUGAACAACAUUGUGUUCCUAAUCACACACUCUGAUGGUCUACCACCCAAAAACGUCAUUGGUGCCAUUAAUAAAGCUAAGAUCCCCUGCAGACGAGACAAAAGCGGCCAACCUGUUUAUUUCUUAUUUAACAACCGGCAGGCUGAUGCACGUCAAAAUGAGAGACGUUACGUUCGCGCUCAAAGAGAUGCCUGGGAAGACAGUGUGGAAGACCUGAAGAAUUUUUUUCAGUCUCUGCAUGAAAAGAACAGAAGAAGUUUAGCGUUAACUUCAGAUGUACUGACGCAGCGAAUUCAGUUUGAAGCAUCCAUCUGCAACUUACAGCAGCGAAUUCAAGAGAUGGAGCUGAAAAUGGCUGAAAAACUUCAGAUUCAGGAGGCAAUGGUGCAAAACAAGGAAAAGAUUGAUGAGUGUACAAACUUUACAAUUAACUUCAAAAAGACUGUGAAACUUAAGGUGCCCAUCGAGAGCGCAUCAUGGAAAAACAGAAAGGCGACAACCUGCACCGUCUGUGAAGAAAACUGCCAUGAGUUUGGCUGCUGGUGGGCUUCUGAUCCCAGCAAAUGUGAAGUCAUGAAAAAAAGCUACUGCACCGUGUGCACAGGGAAGUGUCAUCACAGCAAACAUGUCAAAGAAAACAAGAAAUACAUCAUCAAAAACUCCACCAUAAAGAUAGAAUUUGACAGAUGGAUAAAAGAUUAUGAAAAAGCUGAAGAAGAGUCCAGAAAGUUUUCAGUUAUAAUGGAUAGACUUGACCGAGAUCUGCAGGAUAUUGAGGACCAAAAGUCAAUUCUUCUGUUCAAUGCUUACAGGACCAUCAAGAAUCUGUCUCAGAUCGCAUUAAAACCAGACUCUGCCUUCACUCUUCAGCAUCUGGACUUCUUCAUCCCCAGAGUGAGGGAGGCUGGGAAAGAAGACUGGGUGAGAGAGUUGGAGGAAAUGAGGAGAAAAGCUGUAGAAGAGGAAGCAAAUAAAGACACUUUGAGUUAUCUUCAGGCAGGUCUGGCAAAACUAGAUAUUUUUUUUAGUGAGAAAUGAAAAAAGUCAUAGAGGACCACUGAAUAAUCAAUGACAAUGAAGAAAACUUUCCAUGAAAAAAUAAAUGCAGGAGACUCUGUUGAUCUGAAGAUAAUAAUGUUCAUUUGACCAUACUAUCAAGUUCAUUUUUAGUGUUUAUAACUAGGCAAGCUUUAUAAAAUUAGGCUCCUGUUAGCUCAUGUACUUUACUUAUAAAAUUACAAUUAUUAUCAUGGAAAAUGACUCAACCAGAAACAGAGAUUUAUUUACUCAUUUACUCAUAUCCCCCCCCCCCAGAUUGUAUGUCUGCUUGUCUAUAUGUCUCUAUGCUGCUUAUCUUAAACUCUUGAUAAAUACAGUUUAAAAUAUCGAUUGUAUUUUCUUCAUUGGGUUUGUGUUUAAGCCAUGAUCCAUCACCAAGUUAAUAAAAAAGUAUUGCAUUCCCCUGACAAAUUUUGCAUUUGAUAAUGAAAGUUUUACUUUCCUAAGAAACUUUGUAUUCAGUUACAAAAAUGUUGCUUAAAUUGGAACCCCGCACUAUUUUCGGCCUAAAUGUGAUAAUCUAAAGGCUGCAGUUCCAACCAGGCUCAGGUGCCAGUAUGAAUAAAUAUAGGGGCCUCAUUUUUAAAAACUGCGUACAUACAGAUUUGAUCUUAGAGUGUGCAUAUGCCAAAAUCCACGGCAACAUUCAUAUUUAUAAAAACUCUCUUUGACGUGGAAAAGUACUUAUCUCAACAUCAGGGUCUAAGCAGGCAUACACACUUUUUCUUGCACAAGACUGUCUAUGCAUGACCUGGCAUUUUACUUGUUUCCAAAAUGAGGCAAUGUGAAAUACGGAGCACUCGUGGCUGAUUCAUUCAUACCUAAUGCCAGAGGGUGCUCUCAGGCAUGAACUUAAAAUAUUGAUGUAAUAAAUUAUGACCUGCCAGGAACAAAGGCCAUCUUCAUCUCUUGCUUCAGUAAUCUCCAAAACUGAUUCCUAAAGCAUUUAGUCUUCCUCCAAGUACGAGAGUGCAACUUCAAUAAAAAAAUGCAAAGUGUCUUUUACUCCUAUAAUUUAACAUUAUUGGGGGAAAUUUAGCAAAGAGUUAAAAUUACAGUUAAAGUCAUGCCAUGUUGUGUAAAACAACACAUGCACAGAUUAUAUUGCAAACCCUCUCUGGUUUCAUUUUGAGCUCUCCAUGCAGAAAAAAAAUUAAAUGCUUGUUUCAGAACUCCAAAACACCUUUCAUUGGCAUUCCUUGUUUUGGUUUUAUACAGUUUUGGUUUUGUACUGAGUUUGAAGUACACUCAGUGACUGGAUUCAACAAGUGCGUUAGAAGUCAGGGUUUUAGUGGAUAACCAGACUCACUGAAGAGCCUACCUUGCGAUUCUCUUUUCUCAAAUGCAUUAUGAAUUUGGGAACUUACCAAAAUUAUUAGUCAUGGGUUAAUCCUGGCCAGUGAGUAAAACAGUUGAGCAGUCUGAUUUUGGCAUCACAUAUUGCUUGUGCACAUUAAUAUUGUAGUAACCUUUCCUAUUGACAAACAACGGCUAAUGGGUUGAAGGUGCUUGA